AUGAUCGUCUCUCCGCUUGUUCAGCUAUGUCGCGCAGCACCUCUCCCAGUCUGCUUGCUCCUCUCAGACGACAGCGCAUCCAGCGUGGUUGGCAUUGUACCAUCUUGCUACGCACGGAGUGCCCUCUUUGCCAAUACCCUUGUCCUUGAUGGUCCGACUGGCAUCUUGCACCUUCUCGCACUCGGCAUCACCACCAUCAUGCUCUCCAACAUUCGUCAGAAGUACGCAGCAGUCGGCAGGCGUGAGUUUAUGACUGUACUACUCCUGUACAUGAUGACCACCUUCUUAACACUCUGCCUCGAUGUCGGCGUCUUGACACCAUCACACGCUGCAUUCCCAUGGGUCGUUGCUGUACAACUUGCUUCAGGCACCAUGACAAUGGUGUGUCUGGUUGCGAGUGGCAUCGUCAGCUUUUGCUGGCUCGAAGAUGGCACAGGAUGGCUCAUGAGUGUGAUUCUUGGCGCUGCUGGGCUGUGUGGUGGAGCUGUCUUUGCAGUGACUGUGUGUACGGCGCACAGCUGGCUCAAUCUGUCUCCCGCAAAGUCAUUACCUCUGUUCUUCCUCACUGGUCCAUUGAAUGCGUUGCUCCUCGUAUGCUAUGCUGUCAUGCAAGUCAUCUUGCUCUACACCAAAGUCAAGAACUACUGGCCACUCGGCAACUUGCUAUUUGGCCUCAUCUUUCUGGUCGCAGGACAAGUCCUUCUCUUGACAGCAUCAAUACCUUUGUGUGAGGCAACAGAGCAUUACCUCGAUGGCACGUUUAUUGCGACAGCUUGUCAUCUGCUGGCUGUCAUGAUGGUGUACAAGUACUUUGACUCCAUCACCCUGGAGAAUUUGGAGUUUAGCAUCGAGCACAAGCGGCAGGUGUAUCAGCCUGUGUCCAUGACUGGGCCGCACUAGCACGCAGGCAGAAUCACGAGCAUGGAUUGAGUUGUAGAGCACUUGUUUGUAUCAGGUUCACACAAGCUUAAGCUACCGCGUUAUAGAGUACCUGUCCUUGCACAGCAGCAGCCAACACUCUAGCCAUCAGUACAACGCUGGCCAGUAUUUGAACAUGUAGG